AUGGCGCCGGGGGCGGUGCGGAGCGGAGCCCGGGAGGCCGGCGGCCGGCGCGGCGCGAUUGGGGGCGGUACCCGGGGGCCAGGCCCACGGGGGCACGGGCGACAGGCACCGGGGAGCGCGAGGGGAGCUAUCUGCGACGCCGGAGGCGCGAGGGUUCGGUGCCGAGUGGGUGCCACCCGGGAUGCGAGCACCGGAGCUCGGUUUCGAGAUCCCGGCCCCGCGCGGCCCCUUACCCGCACCAGCUCAGCGGCCACCGCUUCGGUCCAGCACAGCCUCUCAACCCGGAACCAGCCGAGCCGAACUGCCCGGCGCCCGGGCUCCCUCUCCGCCCCCGCGGGCGGGACCCGAGCCGCUCCGCCCCCGCGGCGGGCGGGGGGAGAGGAGGGGCCUCCAGACCCCGCCUCGCCGCCACUGUGCUCCUGA